AUGUCGGGCGCUCGUCAUUGGGAACAGGACAAAGAGGCAACAGUCUACAUUGGAAACCUUGAUGAGAGGGUGUCGGAUGCCCUGGUUUGGGAGCUUAUGCUGCAGGCCGGACGGAUCGUUAACGUUCAUUUGCCCAAAGAUCGUGUCACCCAGACACACCAAGGCUUUGGUUUCGUAGAAUUUAUCUCAGAGGAAGAUGCCGAAUACGCUGCUAGAAUCAUGAACCAAGUGCGACUCUAUGGGAAACCAAUUCGUGUGAAUAAAGCGUCGGCAGAUAAACAAAAGACAGUGGAAGUUGGCGCUGAGCUAUUUGUUGGUAAUUUGGAUCCGAUGGUAGACGAAAAGACGUUGUACGAUACAUUCAGCACUUUUGGAAACCUUGUUGCUGCGCCAAAGAUUGCCCGUGAUGACCAAGGGGUAUCUAAAGGUUUCGGUUUUAUCUCUUACGACUCUUUCGAAGCUUCCGACAAAGCUAUCGAAUCUAUGCAUAACCAGUUUCUCAUGAACAAAGAAAUCAAUGUCCAAUAUGCCUAUAAGAAGGAUGGCAAGGGAGAGCGUCACGGAGAUCAAGCGGAACGAAUGCUAGCAGCACAGGCUAAAAAGCACAACGUACAAGUAACCCCCCAGCAGCUCCCUGCUCAAUUGUUCGCACCUACUGGUCCCGCUGCCGGUGUUCCCCCAAUUCCCGUUGGAUCCGGAGGUCCUCCUCCGCCGUCGGGCCCUGGUGGGUUCCGGCCAGGCCCUCCAACCAGGCAGCCUCAAGGUAUGGCAAUGAGCAUGGGUGUGGGUGUAUCUCACGAUCAAAGCCACAUCGGUGGAUUCCAGCGUGGACCCUCGCAGCAGCAAAUGGGCCGUGGUGCUGGCGGUCCGCCCCCUCAACAUCAGCAACAGAUGCAGCCCCAUCAGCCACAACUUGCUCCCCCCCCGCAGGGACUUCCAGCAAGGCCUCCGCCUCCAGUUGGAUUUCAACAGCAUCAACAGCAUCAAUAUGGGAGACCCCCACCCCCACCUGUGGGAUUCGUCCAGCAGAUGCAUCCUGGUGGGUUUGCAGGACAGCCUCCUCCAUUACCAGCAGGAUUUGGAGGGCCACCCCAACUGCAAGGAUUUCCAGGACAAGUACCUCCAGGUGCCCCUCCAGGGGCUCCUGGAUUCCCACCCCCAGGUCCGCCGCCUAGUUUUGGGGGAUAUGGUAGAGGUCGGUAA